GGGGAGGGAGCGCCCCGAUAACCGCUCAUUUAUAUAGUGAGCCCGCGACAGCCGCCGACAUUCCACGAAGUGAACUCGUGUAGUGGUGUUGUGCAGCAGACGAGGCUGUGCAUAGAACUUAAUUUAUUUAUUUAAUAGGACUUAUUUAAUUAAAAACAAAUCAAAAUGUGCGACGAAGAAGUAGCCGCGUUGGUAGUAGACAAUGGAUCCGGUAUGUGCAAGGCCGGGUUCGCGGGCGACGACGCGCCCCGCGCCGUGUUCCCCUCCAUCGUGGGCCGGCCGCGCCACCAGGGCGUCAUGGUCGGCAUGGGACAGAAGGACUCGUACGUCGGUGACGAGGCACAGAGCAAGAGAGGAAUCCUCACUCUGAAAUACCCCAUCGAGCACGGCAUCGUCACCAACUGGGACGACAUGGAGAAGAUCUGGCACCACACCUUCUACAACGAGCUGCGAGUGGCGCCCGAGGAGCACCCCGUGCUGCUGACAGAGGCUCCCCUCAACCCCAAGGCCAACAGAGAGAAGAUGACCCAGAUCAUGUUCGAGACCUUCAACACGCCCGCCAUGUACGUGGCCAUCCAGGCCGUGCUGUCGCUGUACGCGUCCGGUCGUACCACCGGUAUCGUGCUGGACUCCGGCGACGGUGUCUCCCACACCGUGCCCAUCUACGAGGGAUACGCCCUUCCCCACGCCAUCCUCCGUCUGGACUUGGCCGGUCGCGACUUGACCGACUACCUCAUGAAGAUCCUCACCGAGAGGGGCUACUCCUUCACCACCACCGCCGAGAGAGAAAUCGUGCGUGACAUCAAGGAGAAGCUCUGCUACGUCGCCCUCGACUUCGAGCAGGAGAUGGCCACCGCCGCCUCCAGCAGCUCGCUCGAGAAGUCCUACGAGCUUCCCGAUGGUCAGGUCAUCACCAUCGGAAACGAGAGGUUCCGUUGCCCCGAGGCCCUCUUCCAGCCCUCAUUCCUGGGUAUGGAAGCUUGCGGCAUCCACGAAACCACCUACAACUCGAUCAUGAAGUGCGACGUGGACAUCCGUAAGGACCUGUACGCCAACACAGUGCUGUCCGGAGGCACCACCAUGUACCCCGGCAUCGCCGACCGCAUGCAGAAGGAGAUCACCGCUCUGGCUCCUUCCACCAUGAAGAUCAAGAUCAUCGCUCCCCCAGAGAGGAAGUACUCGGUAUGGAUCGGAGGCUCCAUCCUCGCGUCUCUGUCCACCUUCCAACAGAUGUGGAUCUCGAAGCAGGAGUACGACGAGUCCGGCCCGUCGAUCGUGCACAGGAAGUGCUUCUAAGCGCUGCGCAGCGCGCCAUCUCUCCCCCGCCCCGCGGCCCGCCCGCCCGGCGAAGGCUGCUCAAUCCAGGCUUGUAAUCUCCGUUAAUUUAAUUGUACGUAAGAUAUUAUGAUGUAAUGUAACGGUAAUUGACGCGCCGGCGGCCGCCGCGCGAGUCGCGGGCGCGCCGCCUCGGUACUGCACUCGCCAAAGGAUUUUUUGUAUCUCAUGAAUCUCAUGAUUGUAUGUGCUGAAACGGAUAAGACUACUUUCUUACUAGGUCAUUUAUAAAUUAUAAAAAAUAAUGAAAAUACACGAAAAAAAUUUGAAAAAUGAAA